AUGUCGUCGUUUCGGCAGAUUGAUGUGGACCGAUUGGAUCCUGAGUCGGUGGUUAACCAGAUUCCCGAGGUCGCGCCGAGCGGAGUCGAGCUUGGCGACGUGCAGGCGCUAGAGUCCCAGGUCAAGCAGCUGCUGCAAUCGGGCAAGGGCGCUGAAGCGCUCGCCGCCGCGCUUGCUCGGCCCCCCUACGGAAGCAGCGAGCAAGUCAAGGAUGCUCAGCUCAAGGUUGUCACGUCGGUUCUUACGACGGUGCGGGCGAGCGAGAUCCCUACAAUUGUCGAGAGCCUAGACACCACCUCUCGGGUGGUGCUUGUAAAAUACCUCUAUAAGGCCAUGGGGGUGCCGUCUGGCCAGGCAAACGGCAGUGUACUGCUGAGCUGGCUCGAGCGUGCCGUUGAGUUCGGCGGCCAGGUUGCUAUUGUGCGGCACAUUACCGACCGCCGCACAGUUUAG